UUUUUCCCCCCACCAGUGUCAUCAACUAGCGCCGUUGUUGGGCUGUUUUGGAAAGCAAGCAUGGCUGUAACAUUAACUAGCGUACCUAUACCGAAACAUUCCUUAUCCAGACUACAAUCUUUAAAUGGACUCUUUGCUGUUUAUAAAAAGGAAGGACCUACGUCUGCAGAUGUGCUAAACUCGCUUAAAGAGGCACUUCUCAAAGAGGCGGGUGUGAAAGAUCCUAAUCCUAGAAAGAGGAAAAAGCAAGCUCUAAAAAUGGGACACGGUGGGACUCUGGACAGUGCGGCCUCUGGUGUGCUUGUUGUCGGGAUUGGAAAUGGAACAAAGAUGCUCAGUACUAUGCUGGCUGGUUCAAAGAAAUACAGGGCCGUUGGAGAGUUGGGAAAAGCCACAGACACCCUUGAUGCAACAGGAAAAGUGGUUAAUGAGAAGAGCUAUGACCACAUCACCAGGGAAGCCUUUGAGGAGAAACUGAAGCAGUUCACUGGGGAAAUCAUGCAGGUUCCUCCACUUUAUUCUGCGCUGAAGAAGGACGGAAAGCGCCUGUCUGUCCUGCUGAAGCAAGGUCACGAGGUGGAGGCCAAACCUGCAAGGCCAGUCACUGUGUAUAACCUGUCGCUACAAGACUUUACACCUCCCCUUUUCACUCUUGACGUUGAAUGCGGUGGUGGGUUUUACAUCAGAAGCUUGGUGGAUGACCUAGGAAAAGCCCUCUCAUCCUGUGCCCACGUGAGGGAGCUGAUUCGGACCAAACAGGGCCAGUUUACCCUUGAUGACCACACACUGCGGGAGGAACAGUGGACUGCACAGCACGUCAUUCAGUCCAUGCAGCCCUGUCCUGGGUCAGAGGUCACUAAAGAGAACGGAACAAAGCCAAGCGCUAACCUGGAAUUUAAAAGGGCCCUGAACAACCAAGAAAAGGAGGAUAAGAAUAGCAACGAUGAAAAGGGAGUGUUAACCCCGCCCCCUUAAAGACAUGACACGCCCUGUCUAUAUGAGAAAAAAAAGCUGCGUUUAAGUUAUCGGAUCUUCUUCAAAGGUCUGGACUGGUUCAAUCCCCUUCAAGGAAAGAAAAUUAAAGUUUUUUGUAAGCAUGGCUGGAAGAUAUUUCCACUAUAUAAUUUUUAUUGUGGGGGGGUAUUUGGUUUAGAUAUGAUGUGGUGCACCAUUAAAGAAAAAAAUACAUUAAAAUGUACUCUUGCCUAA